CGGCGGUCCCGGGGCGGCGGGGGAGGUCGGGGCGGCGGCAGGGCCGGGCGUGUCGGUGAGGGGCGGCGGCGGCGGCGGCUUGCAGGGAUGGACACGCUGGGCAGGAAGGUGGUGGUGUGCGACAACGGCACCGGGUUUGUGAAAUGUGGCUAUGCAGGCUCAAAUUUUCCAGAGCACAUUUUUCCAGCUUUAGUUGGAAGACCCAUUAUAAGAUCAACUGCCAAAGUGGGAAACAUUGAAAUCAAGAAUAACAAAAAGAUGGAUCUCAUGGUUGGUGAUGAAGCAAGUGAAUUACGCUCAAUGCUGGAAGUGAAUUAUCCAAUGGAGAAUGGCAUAGUUCGGAACUGGGAUGAUAUGAAACACCUCUGGGAUUAUACGUUUGGACCAGAAAAACUUAAUAUUGACACAAAAAAUUGUAAAAUACUACUCACAGAACCUCCCAUGAAUCCAACUAAAAACAGGGAGAAGAUUGUGGAGGUUAUGUUUGAGACAUACCAGUUUUCUGGGGUGUAUGUAGCCAUUCAGGCUGUUCUUACUUUGUACGCUCAAGGUUUGUUGACUGGUGUUGUUGUGGACUCUGGAGACGGUGUAACUCAUAUUUGUCCAGUUUAUGAAGGUUUCUCUCUCCCUCAUCUCACCAGACGGUUAGAUAUCGCUGGGAGGGAUAUCACUAGGUACCUCAUUAAGCUCCUCUUACUGCGAGGAUAUGCUUUCAACCAUUCUGCUGAUUUUGAGACUGUUCGUAUGAUCAAGGAAAAGCUGUGUUAUGUGGGAUACAACAUUGAACAGGAGCAGAAACUGGCAUUAGAGACCACAGUACUAGUUGAAUCCUACACGCUCCCAGAUGGCAGGAUUAUCAAAGUUGGUGGAGAACGGUUUGAGGCACCAGAGGCUCUCUUCCAGCCUCACUUAAUCAACGUAGAGGGGGUUGGAGUGGCUGAAUUGCUAUUUAACACCAUCCAGGCUGCCGACAUUGAUACCAGGUCUGAAUUCUACAAGCACAUUGUGCUGUCUGGAGGGUCCACCAUGUACCCUGGGUUGCCUUCACGACUGGAGCGAGAACUUAAGCAGCUCUAUCUGGAACGAGUUCUUAAAGGAGAUGUGGAAAAACUCUCGAAAUUUAAGAUCCGAAUUGAAGAUCCACCUCGUCGAAAGCACAUGGUGUUUUUGGGUGGCGCAGUCCUAGCAGACAUCAUGAAAGACAAAGACAACUUCUGGAUGACCCGACAAGAAUACCAAGAAAAGGGAGUGCGUGUGCUAGAGAAGCUUGGUGUGACUGUUCGAUAAAUCCGAAAGCUUGUUCCCAUCACAUGUCUAAAGGUUUUUUUCUUUCAUUGCCAAUCUGUGAACUCACUCAGCGCCAUGCUAUGGAAAGGCCUGUCUAUGGCCUUUUGACCCAAAGGUCAGGUUUUGUUCUGGUUUCUUGGGGUAACUUUUGUUAAAUGUUUCUUAAUGUGGCUAAAUUUGACGAUUAAAUUUGACCACUUCCCUGCAAACAAAACAGAGCAAGAGCAGCCUGUCUACUUCAUUGUUCCUUCCCAGUAGGCAACUGGAUAACUCUGGUGGGCUUUUUCUUCUGGGUUUAUUGCUGUAGUACUGCUAGCUUUUGUCUCUAGUUCACAAGGGGUUGUGUGCCUUUUUUAGCAUAAGAAAACCUUUCAACAGGAGUUUUUGCUAUUGGUGGUUAUCUUUGCAUCUUUUUGCCUCUCUCUACAUUAAAACUGUGGGUUUUUUUUCUUUCCUGCAAUUAGGAAUUUGAUUAAACAUUGUUAGAAACUAGUUUAACUAGCUGGAAUGGCUUUAACACACUGUUUCAAUGUAAUGUGGUUCCUACGCACUGCUGCCUAAACUGGCUUCUGAGGUGGUUUAUCCUUACAGGUGAUGGUGGGGCUUUCAUGCUGUAUUUCUCAAAGUCAGCAUGUACACAGUUGCCACAAACGGAGAAACACCUGAUAUUCUGGCAAAUGUAAAUUUGUGGCCUUAAAUGUCUUUUUUCUGGAGGGACGAGACAGGUUUGGGCUGUGUUGCUUUUCUGUUUAAGGGACAGCUGGGGGUCAGUCUGACCAGAAAUGCCUCUUUUUAUAGCUGAAGUUUGGUACUGUGUUGUCUCAGCAUGGGGAGUAAGAAUGUUAAAUUAGCUAUUCUGUAAUUGUUGAGAAGCUUAGAUGUGCUGAGACAGGAGCCUCGAAGCUUCUAAAGAGAUUUAAAACUUUCAGAAAUGCUUGUGAAAACUGUAACUGUAGAUAUUAAACCUCCCAAACUAAGUUUAAAAGUCUGAUGUUUUAAGUGCUUGUAUUGGAAGCACUUCCAUCAAACUUCACAAAUAUAUUAACCUAGU